AUGACUGCUUGCUUCUCAACCUCCAGCGUCCAGCGCCCAGCGCCUAGUGCCCAACUGUCUAUUGAAUGCAUAUUAAAUGCAUUCACACGCAAUCUUUUGAACGAAAAGGACCACGAAGGGAACACUCCUCUCCAUCACCAAUAUUCCUGCUGUUUCGAGUACGGGAAGAAGAAUCUCAUGGAUGACCCCAAAGUAGAUAAGAUGGCCUUCAACAAAAAUAACCAUAAUGCUUAUCAAGUCACUUUAACUAGUGGAAAGUUUUCGGAAAUAGAGCCGAAGGAAAUUUGGUUUAAAUCGCGUCUUCCGGGAAGGGUAUCCUUCGAGGAACCAAAGUUGAUAGAAGAUCUGAAAAAAGACUUGAAGAAGAAGUCUCAGGCGAGGAUGAAAGUGUAUUUGGAGAAAGCGGCCGAAGCACACUUGGUAGUGGCUACCCUCAUCACAACCGUGACCUUUGCAGCAGCUAUAACCAUGCUUGGUGGUGUUUUUGGUACUGGAGGUGACCCACAUUAUGAAGGCUCUGCAUUUUUGUGGAGAAAGGUUGUUUUUAAAGCGUUCAUUAUCACCGGUGCCAUAUCCUUGGUACUAUCUAGUUCUGCUGUUGUUAUUCAUCUACUCAUGCCACUUUUGUUCAGAUAUUAUGAUCAAUCUGAUGAAACUCGCUAUGCUUUUCUCAACCUGGCCUUCUGGUUUAUUUUGAUGGCCAUGGGAGCAAUGAUGCUGGCAUUUAUCACAGGUGCAUAUGUUGUAUUAGCACAUUCCUUAGAUGUUGUCAUUACCACUUGUGUUAUUGGGUCAUUCUUCUUCCUAAUCCUCUCUUGUAUAUGUGGAAUCUAUAAGAAGCAUCUAGGUUUAGGUAGAUAUAUAUCUAUGAAGUACAAGAUACUUAAAAGAUGCAUUAAAAGUUGGCCAAGACCAUUUCGUGCAGUGUAAGGUGGACGGUUUCAUCAAUAUCGGGAAGUCCCCUAUUUUGGUUUAAGGUCUCAAAUGGAUUAAUAAACUUCAUAUUCU